AUGAAAGAUAUGAAUAAAGUCAAAGAACACGGCUUCACUACAUCAAAAUGGCAUCCUGUGGAAGCAAGACUCCCUGCGCUGCUCAGAUUUCCAGCUAUCCCAAGUGUGGCUGCACCCCAUGCAUCUGCAAGGCUCCCAGCUGUCCCAAGUGCGGCUGCUCCCCAUGCAUCUGCAAGUCUCCCCACUGUCCUAAGUGUGGCUGCUCCCCAUGCAUCUGCAAGACUCCCAGCUGUCCCAAGAGUGGCUGCUCCCUGUGCAUCUGUAAGGCUCCCAGCUGUCCCAAGUGUGGCUGCUCCCCAUGCAUCUGCAAGACUCCCCACUGUCCUAAGUGUGGCUGCUCCCCAUGCAUCUGCAAGACUCCCAGCUGUCCCAAGUGUGGUUGCUCCCCUUGCAUCUGUAAGGCUCCCAGCUGUCCCAAGUGUGGCUGCUCCCCUUGCAUCUGUACGGCUCCCAGGUGUCCCAAGUGCGGCUGCUCCCUGUGCUGCUGCAAGACUCCCAGCUGUCCCAAGUGCGGCUGCUCCCCAUGCAUCUGUAAGCCUCCCAGCUGUCCCAAGUGUGGCUGCUCCCCAUGCAUCUGUAAGACUCCCAGCUGUCCCAAGUGUGGCUGCUCCCCGUGCAUCUGUAAGGCUCCCAGCUGUCCCAAGUGUGGCUGCUCCCCAUGCAUCUGUAAGGCUCCCAGCUGUCCCAAGUGUGGCUGCUCCCCAUGCAUCUGCAAGGCUCCCAGCUGUCCCACGUGUGGCUGCUCCCCGUGCAUCUGUAAGGCUCCCAGCUGUCCCAAGUGUGGCUGCUCCCCAUGCAUCUGCAAGGCUCCCAGCUGUCCCAAGUGCGGCUGCUCCCCAUGCAUCUGCAAGGCUCCCAGCUGUCCCACGUGUGGCUGCUCCCCGUGCAUCUGUAAGGCUCCCAGCUGUCCCAAGUGUGGCUGCUCCCCAUGCAUCUGCAAGGCUCCCACCUGUCCCAAGUGCGGCUGCUCCCCAUGCAUCUGUAAGCCUCCCAGCUGUCCCAAGUGUGGCUGCUCCCCGUGCAUCUGCAAGGCUCCCCGCUGUCCCAAGUGUGGCUGCUCCCCAUGCAUCUGUAAGACUCCCAGCUGUCCCAAGUGUGGCUGCUCCCCAUGCAUCUGCAAGGCUCCCAGCUGUCCCAAGUGUGGCUGCUCCCCAUGCAUCUGCAAGGCUCCCAGCUAUCCCAAGUGCGGCUGCUCCCCAUGCAUCUGUAAGGCUCCCAGCUGUCCCAAGUGUGGCUGCUCCCCUUGCAUCUGCAAGGCUCCCCGCUGUCCCAAGUGUGGCUGCUCCCCAUGCAUCUGUAAGGCUCCCAGCUGUCCCAAGUGUGGCUGCUCCCCCUGCUCCUGCAACCCUCCCAGCUGUCCCAAGUGUGGCUGCUCCCCCUGCUGCUGCAAGCCUCCCUGCUGUCCCAAGUGCGGCUGCUCCCCGUGCAUCUGUAAGGCUCCCAGCUGUCCCAAGUGCAGCUGCUCCCCGUGCAUCUGUAAGGCUCCCAGCUGUCCCAAGUGUGGCUGCUCCCCUUGCAUCUGUAAGGCUCCCAGCUGUCCCAAGUGCGGCUGCUCCCCGUGCAUCUGUAAGGCUCCCCGCUGUCCCAAGUGUGGCUGCUCCCCCUGCUGCUGCAAGCCUCCCAGCUGUCCCAAGUGUGGCUGCUCCCCUUGCAUCUGUAAGGCUCCCUGCUGUCCCAAGUGUGGCUGCUCCCCAUGCAUCUGUAAGGCUCCCUGCUGUCCCAAGUGCGGCUGCUCCCCAUGCAUCUGUAAGGCUCCCUGCUGUCCCAAGUGUGGCUGCUCCCCCUGCUGCUGUGGCGAGUGCUGCUGCUACACCCCCUGCUAUUGCUAUCAGUCUUGCUGCUGUCCCUACUGCUGUCACUUUUGCACCCCCUACCGUGCAAACCAGUGUGUCUGCUCCCCCUGCUUCUUUGGUUGGUCCUGUUGUGGCUCCCAGCCUUGCUGCUCUUGCAGUUGCAGUUGGUACCAGUCCAAGUGGUGAGCUCAUCAGAAAUUGCUAACAAGGUUCUGGAUGUAAAUAACAGCAUGCCAGCUCAACAUCUGGAAGCAAAAUCCAGCUUGCUGGUUGCCACCUCAACACCCUGAAUCAUCCAUGUCAACACAGACAGAUAUAUUUAAACACCUGCAGUUUGCCUUCUUGGGCUGAUCUUGCUGAAUCAGAUUCCUCUUUUUCCUGCUUUCUUCAUGAACCUUCGGAUUGUUCUCUUCAGUCAUGUUUGAAAAUCCCAAUGAAAAUCUGGGCUUUUUCAUGGGUUUCCCCCCCCCUUUUGGUGUUUGGAAUGUAUACAUCUAUUUCUAGUUCUUUUAGGGAACCCUCCCAAUUAAAUUCUGGAAACUUAGUUGUGCCUUGUGUUGUUGGUGUUGGAAAUCAGGCAAGAGCAACUCCUGUUUGGAUUCUUUUGUUUGCAUUCCGGAAGGAAGACAGAGCUAGGGUCCUCCAGCUGACUAGACUUGCCUACUUUUACUUGUGCUCUUCUCUACCAAACUUCCUUGAGUUGUAAACUCAUAUGCUCAGGGAAGCUGACCUGCUCCUCCUUCCUUUGUCUUCUUCAAUUGUCUGAGGGGAGAGGAGACAUCUUUCCUUUGCUCUCUGCUGAGCCAUGAGGCCAAGACCCAGUCUGGGCAUUGCAACUUCAGCUUAGUUAGUUAAUUAGGACUAGCUAUGCCUUUCCUAUCUACUAUGUAUUUCAUUUCAUCUCAUAUAAAUAAAGUAGAUUUUCUUAUUUUA